AGGGUCUAUACUUCUCUAUCCUGGUCCGCACUAAGGCAGGUGAGUAUUACGUUAGUGUUCCUUGACCACAACGAAUGUAAUAAUGAAAUCCAACCCAUUCUUAUAUCCGUUGCCUUUGGUCCUGCCAUCCCUUACUUCCCUGCCAUCCCUGGGAUGGUUGUGAUGUUGGGGAUGGCUGCCAUCCCAAGGCGUCCUGCCAUCCCUCGGAUGGUUGCCCUUGGCGGGAUGGCACAUCACGUGACCUAGCCCCGCGAUGAUCAU